AUGGGGACCUUGCAGUUCAAGAGCUCUUGGCUCUGGACCCUGCAGCAGGCCUGGCGCCCGCUGCUGCCGGUGCUGCUGCUGCUGCUCCUGCCCCCGCCGCCGCCGCCGCCGCCCGUAGCCCGCGCCGAGGACGCCUCCCGAGCCAACUCGGACCGCUACGCGGUCUACUGGAACCGCAGCAACCCCAGGUUCCACGCGGGCGCGGCGGACGACCGCGGGGGGUACACGGUGGAGGUGAGCAUCAACGACUACCUGGACAUCUACUGCCCGCACUACGGGGCGCCGCUGCCUCCGGCCGAGCGCAUGGAGCACUACGUGCUGUACAUGGUCAACGGAGAGGGCCACGCCUCCUGCGACCACCGUCAGCGCGGCUUCAAGCGCUGGGAGUGCAACCGGCCCGCGGCGCCCGGGGGGCCGCUCAAGUUCUCGGAGAAGUUCCAGCUCUUCACGCCCUUCUCGCUGGGCUUCGAGUUCCGCCCGGGCCAAGAGUACUACUACAUCUCUGCCACACCACCCAAUGCUGUUGACCGGCCCUGCCUGCGGCUGAAGGUUUAUGUGCGGCCAACCAAUGAGACCCUAUAUGAGGCCCCUGAGCCCAUCUUCACCAGCAAUAAUUCGUGCAGUAGCCUGGACAGCUGCCAGCUCUUCCUCAGCACUGUCCCAGUGCUCUGGACCCUUUUGGGCUCCUAGUCCCGGCCCUACCUGGACGACUGAAUCCAAGACCAAAUAGAGAUGCCUGGCUCUCCCACGACUGGUGCUGCCCCCGCCUACAGGGGGCUGUCUACCUGCUCCAGAACCAGCCCUAAGGGAAGGGGACAGCCAACAGCCCCUGACGCCCGAGGGGCAGGGUAUCAGCACAGCCUCUGCCAGACCAUCUCAUGAGGGGCACUGGAGAACCUGAGAAACUAUCAGCAAUGUUAGUUUUUGUUGUUUGUUUAUUUUUCAUGGUUGGAUCAGAAAGGCUUGAAUUUUUAAUUUAAUUUAUUCCUUGCUGUCGCCAGUGACUUUGGGAAGGAAACGCAAUGGAUGGGAGGUCCUUGGCCAUCCUGGGGGAUAGGAAUGAGUAACCCCUAGUCUCGUGGUUCCAUUUGUUGGGUCCUGGCUGAAGGCCACUACGGACCUCUCAGAUGCCCCUCAGAUGGACAGGCCAGUAUGAGGCAGAAGGGGCAAGGUGAGACCCCCAGAUUCUGACCCAGGGAUCUGAGCCCAUCUCAGACUCCUGUCCCCGCAGCCCCACUUUCCUCAUGCCUGGUGAUUGUCUCCCAGAUUGGAAACCCACACUGUUUCACCAGAGGCCACUGUGGAGUCCCGGCCCACUCCAAAUCACAGUUCCCCACCCUGUCCCACAGCCUCUCACAAUCACCCCUGAGCCCGAGAAGACGUUACAUUUCUGUAAAUAGAGCCAGGAAGUAUAUACUGUGGUUUAUUUUUACUGUAUUCCUGAAGAUGAACUGGACAGUUUCUUUUUUUCUCACACUUCAUGGCGGUCUUAUUUUGGUGGGAGGGUGGGGUGGACUUUUUAGAGUAGAAGCCGCACUUUGCAACAAGGUUGUUCAUUUGUCAGAGCCCUCUCCUCUACUCUAUGACUAAUAAUGUUUAUAAGAAAAAAGAAAACAGGACACAACAAAAAGGGGGGUGGGCCUGCCACCAAAAAAAAAAGAAACCCCCUCCCAAAGACACUUUAAUGAAGCAAACAGAGCAUUUAUACAGAUUUCAUAUUUCUAUCCACCUUUCCUGAUCUGUGUUUUAUAUAUAUUAUAUAUAAAUAUAUAUGGUGCACAGCUGCUGGGAGACCACCAGGCGUGCCAGCUCGGGGGUCUUUUGUAGGGGUUGGCAUGGGCAGUGGUGGUGCCAUGCCUGGAGCUGGCGAUGGGGCCUCUCCCCUUCCCAUCACAAUCAACUUUGGAUUCUGUAUUUUUUAAUAAUAAAAUGAUCAUAAACCUCUA